AUGUGCAGUGCUAGGAACAGCAAAGAUACUGCGCAGAACCCUCAAGCUCCCUGGCCUCUGGUAGAGGACCCGAGCUUAGAGAGGGAUAACCGCCCGCGGAGGGCCAAAGUUGUGCAGGGGCCGCGGCGCCGAUACCAUCACCUUCACCAGUACUGCUACUCCAGGCUCAUCAGCGCAAAGUUUGCGUCCUGGAUUCCUCUGCGUCAGGGCUUUAAGGCCAGUGCCCCUCUCUCGCUGGCUCACCCUGUGAGUUGCCCGAGGCCUCUCGCCUACAUCUAG